AUGCGUAAAUGUUCAGUGUCUGGGUGUAACAGCCAAAAUCGUAAUAUUAAAGUGACACUUUUCAGUGUCACAAAUGCGAAUAAGUCAUCUUGGGAAUCAGCAAUCCAUAGUUCAAUUAAUAAUCAGGUAAAAGAUAUAAAGUAUGUUUGCUCAGAACAUUUUUUACCUGAAGAUAUUAAUACUACAUAUCCAAUACCAUCAGAUGUAAUCGAAGAAUUCGGACAGAAAAAAGUGUUCUCAUUGAAGAAGGGGGCUAUUCCCUCAUUAUUCAACCAAAUACUUUCUCGUAGUGAUAGUACUCAAUAUGAACCAAAAACUCACUCUGCUAGAAGAGAACUUUUUACAGCAGAAGUAAUUACUGAAAAUAUAUUGAUUUUAUAUUUAUAUUAA